AUGGCGAGCUCAAACACCAGUCCACGAGAGUGGGUCACGAGCCUGAUCAAGGCAAUUCCUCCAGCAGAUGUCAAUGUCUCGCAAAGCCUGAAUCCGCUCAGAGACCUGCCUGCACAAGGCAAGAACAUCUUCCUGACGCUUUACGCCUUGUUCGAGAAAGAAGUCCUUCCAGCACUUGACCUCCUGGAUCGCGGUCUCGUCACUCGUCUCAAACUUGAUUCCCAAGCAGGGCAACAGGCACAAGUAUCCUCUCUCUACAUCGUACAUUCAGCACAGCAGCAAAACACUCGCGUUUCUACUCACGACUACGUCAAUAACUACGAAGUGCGAUUGGAGGCGUGGAAUUGCUCCUGUCCAGCUUUUGCAUUCUCUGCCUUUCCCGCUGCUUCUUCAGAAACAUCUGAUCAGCCUUCUGCCCAGCAGGGCCAGUGGCUUGUGGGUGGUCUCACUCUCGGGGAGGAUAUACCAAUAUGUAAGCAUUUGCUUGCCUGCGUUUUAAUUGAGCAUUGCAGCGCGCUCUCGCAUUUCGUGCAGGAGAGGGAGGCUACGGUGGAUGAGGUUGCAGGUUGGUCUGCCGGAUGGGGGGACUGA